AUGAGCGAGAUCAACGCUCAACUACAGCUUCUCAGACAGGAAGAUAAGGAGGUAUCAGAGAGCGAGCCAACGGUACCAGACACCUGGUUUGAGCAGGCAUUGAAGGAAGCGAUCGCUCACAUUGUCGAGCCACCCCAGGAACAGACGGGAUCAGCUUUGAUGCAACUGGGAGCAGGAAAGAAGUUUGACGAAGUAUACAACACACCUAGCGCACCUCAACCAACCACAACGCCUGCCACUGCGAUGAUACAACCGCGUUCGACAUGCAAGAUCGUGUUUGUUAUCGUGGAUCCCGAGACGUCUCCCCAUGGGGGCAGCCAAGAAGAUGGCGAUGCAGAAAUGACAGGGGAAGACGAGAAGGGUUGGUUCUAUGGCGAUCAGGACAUACGCGGGAUCUUAUAUGAAGCUACCCGAAGCAUGGAGGCUUCCAUCAAGAAACGCAAUACCAGUAUUCACUUGGACCUUAUACGGAUAGCGACGAGCCAGAGUCAAGCGCGAGGAGAUAUCAUCGCGGAGCAGAUCUCAAGGAUAUGCACGGCGUCAGUGUACACGGUGAUUGCAGAGGAUGAGCUGUCACCGUUGCGAGCUCUCACAAACUACUUUCUGCUUCAAAACAAGGACGUGAAAGUUCUUCGUAUACACGAUAUGCCAUUUUCAGGAAAGUUCUGUGACCAGAAAGCGGAGCUGUUCCAUAGAUCGGAUCACAUAGGACCUACCGCCGUCCGGAAAACAGACACAGAGGACACCGCUACGUCCAUUCUACAGGAAAAGCCGCCAGCUAUUGAGAAUGCCAUCGAAGCUGAUUACGGGAGAGUGCACGCCAUUACACGAGCCAAGCCAUGUAUAGCACCACGGAUACACACGUUGGUCGAGAAGGACUCUACUGACGACGUCGUAACAAGGACGGUCGUGAAUCACGGCGGGAGACUCUUUAUUCACUGCAUGUCUACAGAAUAUGAGAGCGGCAUGCCCAAGAGAGUAACAGAGUUGCAACCAUUACCACCCAAGGGAAGAUUACCAAAGGACGAGCGAUCGAAGCGGGAAGACUCUGUUAUAGUGGAUGACUCUAGCUCUACCACCAGUAGUACUGUGUCGGAAGUCGACUUUAUCAGAAACAUUGUUCAGAUAAAUGCUGUAAAGCCAGACGGGGAAUGGAAUGGCGGUAGUUUCAUUGAGGUGACGCCUCCUGCCUUGAAGACUACAGCCGCGCUUCAAUUCAAGACUAGUGGUGGUGGCGGAGGAGUUAAGUCACAUGCACGGAAAGAUCAGGCGACAGUUGGAGUCGAUAUGGCGGUUGUGCAUUCGACGAGUAAGAUUGACUUGGAGACGCGCUGGCUCGUGCAAUGGCAAGGAGAGCGCGUGCACCCCAUCGCUCCUGAGCAUAGUGUUCUGCUUGAACAAUUCAGGCAGGCGAUAUGCAAACCCAGUAUUUCGCAUCCGGACACGAUUACGACUGUUAUUGAAAAACUGAUUACCGACGCUCGCCCUGCUGUUCUACCGGGACCAAUUAACCACCCAGACAACCUCCCUCCGACUCAGAUCAAGAUUAUCCAGCAAGCCUUGCAGACGUACCAACAGACACAGCAACAUCAGGAUCAAGCUCUGCGUGAGAGUGCUCAAGCGAUCCUGGCGGACCUGUGGUUGGUUGCACAGCGCUUCAAGUCCGUCUCUCUUAGCCAUGCUAGCGUGGCGAGACAAAUUGGAGAGAUGAUUUCGCCGACGGGACUGGACUAUAAUACGGUCAAGAUGACAUAUGUUGCACCGGUGUUGCGAGCAUUCUUGAAUGCAAAGGAGGUAGAUCCCAGUCUUGGUAUAGUGAAUGUCCCAGACGGAAGCAGUCCCAACCCGAACCAAGGACAGGGCAUGAAUAGUAAUGCCUGGGGUGGACGAGGAGGUGGAAAUGUUGGUGGCGGCAACCGAGGUGGACGAGGAGGUAUGCAAGGAGGUGGAGGUCCUCGAUUCAGUGACAACAACAGCCGAAACAACAACGCCAACAGUAAUAACCGACGAGGCGGAUUUGGUGGUAAUGCCGGAGGGCCGGGUGGAUUCCGCAACAGCCAGGGCGGAAACGCCAACAAUGUGACCAGUAGCACGGAAGAGAUUCUUUCAGACCCUACUUUGCCGUUGUUCAGCAUGACCGGAAAAACUCAACCCGUGCCGUAUCUGGAGACGACACCCCCGACGCGUGAGGAGAUUGAGGGAGAAGACCAGGUAUAUCUGUCAGAGUUGGGUGAGGAAGGCAGUCUGUUGAGGACGUAUUGGGGCCCGCGCGGUGCUCAGGGCAGUUCUGUGGCUGCGAUUGUGAACUCUGUGACCUCUUUGGAUUCCACGUCUCUUCUUGAAGCUUCUUCAUCGGUAGGUGGAGUGCCGCCGGUGCCGAUUGUUGCGGGUGCAGCCCCUGUUCCUGCUGGAGCUGAUUUGGCGUCGAUCCAUGCGGCUGCACAGCAGAGACGGCUGAAGAGACCUCGCUUACAGGACUUUUCGGGACGGACGCCUGUCAAGGAGUAUGGUGGAUUCAGCAAGUCUUCAGGGUUUUCUUAA